AUGCUUGCCAUGCCACCAGGUAUCCCAGCCGGAAUGGUCGCCGAUUCUCCUAUUCUCCGAAUUCCGUGUAUCAGGGCAACACCACAACCUCAUCCCGAACCUGUCGUCCGUCGACAACCACCCCAGAUGGAGUACCCCCAGGGGGGAGGUCUCUAUGACGACCCAUACGGACGCUCGCCGCAUGACCCCUUCUUCAGACAACGCAACCCGGUCGUGAGCCCUUCACAACAUCCCGUGCUCCCUCCCCGAGUCAAUGAGCAUCACCAUUACAUGCUCCCUCGGGUAAAUGAGCAGCCCCAGAUGCAACACCCUCAGAUGCAGCACCCUCAAAUGCAGCACAAGAUCCACAAGUCAUAUCCCAGACAUCAGCGUAGCCGUUCGGGUUCUGGCUCUCCGCCGAGAAAUGAGCCUAUCUUGGCUCCCUAUCCCUCCAUUCAUGGCUCAGCUCAGAGACCACCUCGCAUGCCGAAUGUCAACACCCCGAAUGUCAACACCCCGAAUGUCAACACCCCGAAUGUCAACACCCCGUCCAACUAUCUCUCGGUCACGUCGCUACAAAAACCCGACUUCUCUCUUCAAGCACACGAGUCUCUUCUUCGCCAAGCCGCGAUGCGUGCUGCUUUGCACAAUGGGGUCCGCCAGACCAAGCCAGUGGUUGAGCGGCCGGUCCGACAUCCGUUGCCUACUGGGCGACCCGGAGAGAAACUACCCUCAGUGCCGAGACAAACUCGCCGGACGCUUAGCGACAGAGAGAAGCUUGACAUUUGUCUCUUCCACGAGCACCACAGGUCUCUCACCCACAAGGACAUUGCCGAUAAGUUUGGUGUGGAGAGAACUACCGUAACCAAGAUCUUGCUGAACAAGCAGCACCAUCUGAACUCAGGGCAAAAUUGA